GGGAAGGGGAUUUCGAACCGCGGGCCAGCUGAUGUACGCUGUGCUCCGCAGAUCUGACACCGUCUCAGGAGGACGGCUACAAGGUAGCCGCCAUCACCGUCGCUCACCACCGGAAGCUCUCAAAAAAAUGUAAUUUUAAGAUAGAAGAGUCAUUUCAUAUUUUUGCUGGAAUAUGAUAAUGAAGGCAAAUGAAUUUUACCACAUCUUUUCUUUUGGAGGGAACUAUCUUAGCUUCAGGGCAAUUUACCUGUUCUAAAUAGUGUACUUAUGCAGAACUUGAGGGAAGUAAAGUUUAAGUUUUCAUGUAAGAAUAAUGAGAUAUUUUAUUCUGUUUGAAUGAAAUAAGCUUCUCUUGUUCAGGAGUCCUCUGCUGAAACAGCUACAUGCAACAUACCUUCAAUAAUUCUUCCAGAGUAUGCCGUUAGCCCUGUUACAGAAAGAGACACAAAUGUAGCACUCAGAAAGCCAUUAAGGAAGGACACAAAUGGCAAUCAUGACUGAAGGAUGUAUAAUUGCGAGUUGAUUGCCAAGCAUCCACACUACAAUCACAUGACUGCGGGAAUGCUGCAAUGGCUGCAACUAAUGAGGCCUGUUAGCCCUCAUCUGCGACAUUCUAACAGAAAUGCUAGAAAAUCAGCAAACUCUUUGACUUCUGUAGAUAAUGAAGGUCAUGUAAUUGAUCUCCUUCAUGACCAACUGCCAGAUAUACAAAUAUCUGAUGAAGAUAAAAAGAAGAACUUUGAACUAUUAGAAGAAGCAAAGAAGGUGAGUGAGAGGUUCCUCACACGUAGAGGAAGAAAAUCAAGAAGCAGCCUUUCAGAAUCACCCACAGCUUUAUCCCCAUCACUAAGCCCAAGUGUUUCACCUGCUUCAUCUCGGAGCAACUCGUUGACACUUCCAGAUCCAACAGAUUCUGAUAUAUGCACAUCAGUUCCUGAGUCAGUAUUUCCAUUGCAGAAUCCCACAAAAGGAGUACCUAAUCAAAAGGAGGAUGAUCAGAGAAAAGCUUCUCAGGGAAGAUUGGUUCCUCACGCAACUGGUUUGGAAAGUCCAAAGGAGGUGUCUGAACAAAAGGAGAACUUUGAUCCAUAUAAACAUAUGGAUAAUCUGCCUCAAUUCUGCACUUCAGAUUCCAACACUGGCAAAAUAUCUCUAAGUAGCAGCAAGAACUUCUGCGAAACUGAAUUAGGGAAAGAAUUCCCUAAAAAAAUGAAAGGAAAUGACUUUCCUUUGAAAGGUCAUUUACCUGGACCAGGAAUGAUUGCACUGGGCACGAAGUUAAAGGGCUCAGUGCCACUACUGAAGGAUUCCAUAGUUUCUAGUAAAACUGAAUUUAAUGCAUCUAGUAAUCGCUCUCCUCUACUACGAGCUAUGUCAUGGGAUCAGCCUGAACCAUGUAAUGUAGAAAAAGUACCUUUCAGACCAUCUGAAGAUAUUAAUAACUGCGCUGGUAAUAUAGCAGCUGAUAAUAUAGCAACUAAGCUUCCACCAUUCAAAGACCUUCAGAUACAAGUUCAGCCAAUUCGAAUGCAGAAACUGACGAAGCUCAGAGAAGAACAUAUAUUGAUGAGAAAUCAAAAUUUAGCUGGACUUAAACUUCCUGAUCUUAGUGAAGCUGCUGAACAGGAAAGAGGGUCUUCACCAAUCGCUUUCUCAGUGGAAGAAGAGGAGUCAAAGAAUAGAUGUGAUGUUAUGCCCAACAUUCCUGACACUCUUUUACGAAAACUUCAUGUACAAACACCAUUUCCAGGAAGUUCUCCACCACUUACUGAAAGAGAGGUUGAGAAUGUAUUUAUACAACUUUCACUGGCAUUCAGAAAUGAUAGCUAUACAUUGGAAUCAAGAAUUAAUCAAGCUGAAAGGGAGAGAAAUCUUGCUGAAGAAAAUACAGAGAAGGAAUUAGACAACUUCAGGGGAGCAGUUACGUCUUCAGCUUCCUUGUGGCAUCACUCUGAACACAGAGAUAUGUACCAGAAAUUAUUGGAAGACAUUGCUGUGCUUCAUCGUUUGGCUUCAAGACUGUCCAGUCGGGCUGAAAUGGUUGGCGCUGUUCGUCAGGAGAAACGAAUGUCAAAGGCCACAGAAGUUAUGAUGCAGUAUGUAGAGAAUUUGAAAAGAACAUAUGAAAAGGAUCAUGCUGAGCUCAUGGAGUAUAAGAAACUUGCUAAUCAAAAUUCUAGCAGAAGCUAUGGUUCACCAGAUGACGGUGUGCCUCGUACAUCAAGAUCCAUGUCUCUUUCUAUUGGAAAGAUGCCACGAAGGAGAGUCAGUGUUGCUGUUGUUUCAAAGUUUGAGCUCCCAGGGCAGUCACCUAGCCAGUCACCCAUACUUUUGGUGUCAUCUUCCUUGCCUGAAUCAUCAAAUGGAAGAAGCAAUUUGACAUCAACUCCAGUCUUACCUGCAGUUAUAGAGAAUGGAAAACAAAACAGUGACCCGGAUUGUGAACAUCCUCCUUCAGCCUCAACAGAAAGUGACUCGAAAGAGAUCAGCCCAGAGGCCAAAGCCAAAAUAGAAGAGGAAGCUUAUAACAAAGGCUAUCAAGAAGGCCUAAAGAAAAACAAGGAAAGUGAAGAGCUGAAAGAAGACAAUGAAGAGAAAAUUCAUGAAAAACUCAAGGAUUUUUUGCCCGUUGAAAAUGAUAAGAUUAGCAAGCCACAGAGCAAACUUGAAGUUGUUAUCCAUUAUGUACAGAUACUGUAUCCCAAACUGCAUAAACAUGGGAAUGUGCUCUGGAUUGUAGCAGCCAUUAUUACAGUUUUUGCUGUAGUGUUGGGGACCUCCAGUUUAUACAAUUACUUCUUCUCCUAUACGGAGGGAUCAGAUGGAGCGCAAGUGAAACCUGCCUGUUCUGCUGCCCAUCGGUAUUCUUGGGGAAAUUCAGGACUGCAACAUGACCAGUAACAAAAUCACACCUGAGGGGAAAAAAAACCAUUGAAGAGACAUCAGGAAUAACCCUUUUCGAAACUUGAGAUGAACAAUGCAAAGCACUGCCACUCCUGUGAUGGUUAUAUGUAAUCAACAAACCACUGCUUCGUUUCUUUUAUGUCAUCAGUUUUGUGAAUGCAUUGUGGUUUUUAAUUAACCAGCCACCCCAGCCAAUAAAUCUCGUUUUCUCUGUUACGGUAAUUGUUAUUUGAUUGAUAUGUCUGAAUAUUAGAAGGAUUGUAUGGGAAAGACAAAGAUAGCAGCCGAUCAAAAACUGGGAUAGAGAAGUUCAUCAGUGGAAUGUAAAGUCCAGUCCUACAAAAUGUCACAACGGAUUUCCUGUUACAUAACUGCUAGCAUUAAUUCUUCCUAUAAAUUUCAGUUUGGCUGCUGUUUACGAACAUCUUAGAGGUCUGCAUUUGAUUUCACAAUCAUAGGGAUGAGCUAAUGGUAAAACUGCAAAACACCGAAAUGUUUUGUUAUAAGCAGAUUCUAUACUUAUGAGACAAGUUUCUUGCUACCCUCACCACAAAAAUAGUAGGGACAUUUUUUUGUUAAUUACCUUUUUUUAAGGUGAAACUUUACAAGAACUACAUCCAUAAAGUUCUACCAUGUUCCAGUAAGAUAUAAUAGUAUUAUAGUAAUAGUUAGGUUCACAGAUCAUACUAAACCAUGUUUAUUUUAUUGUAUUUUAUUGAAAAACCAGUGGUUCACAACCUGUUCUUCAACAUGGACUCCCUUUAAAAAUAUCUUUUAUGGCCUCAGACCAUGGCCAUGGACCUCCAAGACUUAACUCAAGAUUUAAAUCAUAACAUUUCUUCAAGCCUUCUCAGAUCCCCUGUGAUAACAUCAUGGCUCUCCAGAGGUCUGCAGACCACAGGUUGAGAACCACUGGAAUAAACCAUAGUCAGUUGGAUUUGCACAGCUCUGCCCAAAAAUAUGCUAAGAUGAAAACAAACCAAAUUUUGCUUAGUGUGUAAAUUCAGUCAAUGUGUUAUAUGUAUUACAGUUUGCAGAACCAUUGCCUCAUAAGUACAGAAUUGUAUUUCACAUGAAGUGUGAGGGUGGGCAAGGCAAGGAUGUGUGGUUUUAAAUGACAAAUGGGGGCAUUCUUAUGAAGUACUAAUCAAUUGAAUAAAAUACUUAAGGUUUCCCCCCCUUAUUUUUGCUUUUUUAGAACAAUAGCAGCUAAUAUGUUAAAUCCAAAGUAAAGAUAGUUUAACAGAUAGUGUUUUCAGGAAGAAUGUGAACAUUUGCCUAAUCUCUGUUCACUUUAUUCUGGUGAACUAGAAGGUCUUUUUCCCACAAAAAAAUAAGUCAUGAUUUGAUUUGACAUUGGCUAAGUAUUAUCAAUUAACCCUCAUGGGUUAUCCUUAUAUACACAUCAGGCUGAGGUUUGUUUGUCAUUUUUUAAAAAGUCAUGUGUGAAAAUGCUGUUAACACCUCAACAGCAACACUUUUUCAUAUUCUGUGGACCAGCACUGGUUCGCAGCAUGCCAGCAACGAGGACGCACAAACAAGGAAAUUUCCAUCCGCAGGAUGCAGGCAGUAUGCAAAACCACACUCCCUGCGGUCCGCGGAAAAACCUUUCUCCACAGCGCUGGUCCCUGGUGUCCAAAAGGUUGGGGAUCUCUGCUGUAGUGAACAUUAACAUAUACAAUUAAAUCUAAAUGUCUGGAACAAAAGACAGCUUUUUGGUAGGUUGGCAGGAGAUGCUCCUUGGAAUCAAAAGAGAGGAUUUUUGUUCCUGCAGUAUAAAUAGAUUUCCUGACACAAUUCAAAGUUAGGAACAAUCAAACUGCAAGCAUAAGCUCGCAUAAAUAAGUCAACUGAGUAACAGGACUUGCUUCCAAAUAGAAAUGCUUAAGAUCAGAAAGAAAGAAUGGUGCAGUUCAAGCAUUCCUGUCUGGUUCAUUUCAGCCACUGUAAUGCAAACAGCCCCUGCAAAUAUUUUUUUACUAAUUUGUAAAAUUAUUUCUUGGCAAAAGCAUGAUGCAUGCUGAGAUCACACUGCCUUAACCCUUCUCCAAAAUUUACUUGCAUUAUUUGGUGUUUAAAGGGGGCUAUUUGACAAAAAUAUUCAGGAUAUGAAAGUUUCCCUGAAGUGUGUAUGUGGGUGACCAGGUUCUGUCUUACCUCAGCCUGAGUGGCUUGUGUUCCAAGGCUAGUAAGCAGCUUGCAGUUCCCAGAAUGCCCUAGAAAGUGCCACCAAUCCAGAAUGAAAAAACAGACAAGUUCUAACAGCAUUUGAGGGGGGGGAGGGCUUUGUUUUGUCCCUAUAGCUGCUACAUGGGUAUGACAAACCUCUUUAAGGCUUAAAAGUACUUAUUUGGAUCUUCACGUUUCCCAAAUUUAAAAAACAAACAAACAAACGAUUGAGCAUAAAAUGUUUGGUCCUGUCACUCAUAAUGUUGUCAGAGUAUUCCUGCAGCAUUCAGGCUGAAGUAUCUCAUAAAGUAAAGCAUGGUAAAAACAAAAUCUGCCACUCUGUUCUUCACCUUGAGAAGUACUAAAAGGCAGAGCCCAGGGUGAAAUUUUGCUCUAGAUUACUGGUAAGCUGUCUUUCAAUAUAAUAAGCAGGAAAUAGGUAUGAAAUUGUUUGAAGUAGAAGCUUCUCCCAAACAUAAUUUGCACGUUUUAUGUUAAGUGUUUUGAAUACCUAGAGGUCAAUAAAUGAAGUGCUACCACUGAUGUUCAACACAACUUGGUGUAAAAUUUUAGCAUGGAUCAAUCUCUAGAUGGCCAUAGGUAAAUAAAAUAAUAGUAUUAAGCAUGUUCAGUAAGGCUGGUGAGAAUGUGUAUUAUUUGCUGUCAACCUGGAAGAGUGAGUGAAAGAGGCUAAGGAAUCAAACAAACUGCUGUCUUUUGAAUUAAGUAACUUCAUUAAUAAGACAUACCCACAAUACAGUUUUCAUUCUAGUGUAAGAAAAAAGGUCAUGAAAUGCUUUACACACAAAAGGUUAAGCAUGUUUACUCAGAUUAAGAAUUAAUGGACAAAUAAAAAACUCAAUGUUAGAACAACUGAUCCAUCCUUGAGAGUAGACUAUUAUAUGAAAGGUGAAUGACUGUCUUUACAAAGCAAAGUACUGAGAUAAACAGUUUUUCUUCAGCUGUCUCCAGACCAUUACUUUUUCAUUAAUAGGAUUUGAAGCCGCCUAUAAUUAUAAUGCAUAAAAUUAGUUCAUUGGGGGUUAUUGGCAGGUUGAGAAACAAAUCAAUGACUCUCUUUUGUGAAAAAUAAUUUUUAAAAACCAGGGCCUUUGUUUCAUUACAACAUCAGAACAUAGACAUUUUUAUAUUUUCAAAUGUACAGGAUUUAUACACUUAAUUGACUAGAUCAUCUUAUUCCAUUUGCACCAAAUAAGUGCUAUUAAAGGGUCUGGUUGGUUGAUUUUGUUUUUUUUCCUGAAGUGCAAUAUUUAUUUAUUUGGCUUUAAUAAGACACAUUUGUUUCUUGUGCACAGCACUGGUAUUUAAAGUAGGAGGAAUUCAAGAAUCACUAAUUUUUGUUUAAAUCUUGUAAGAUUUUGCACAGGUGUGCUAGUAUUGUACUGUAUAGCAUCACAUACUUGAGUUUUGAAAAUAAAAACAUUGUUUCAGAA